AUGGUUGUGUCCAACCCGGUCCCGCUGGAGCUCCAGGGGCGCCCGUUCGUUGAACAGGCGCGGGCCCUACCAGCGCGGGUCGCGCUGGAGGCGUUUUUCGCGGCAGCUGCGGGCUUCACGGAGGAAUCGCCCGACGGCAGCGCCUUUUUAGGGGUGCUGGAAAGGGUAGCAUUGGAGAUUUUUCGUGGGGACACUCUCUUGCAAGUGCGCGGGUUCUCGCCAGGGCAGCAGAUGGAUUACAUCGGUCGGGCGGUGCACCAGUUGGUGCGUGAGAAUUAUCUGCAGCGGGUGGAUUUUCCUGAGUGGGAAGCAGCUGUGGCGGCGCUGUCGCAGGCUGUUCAGGGCCGGGCUGUGGAUGUGAACUUCGAGUUAUCGAUUUGUGACGAGGCACGGGCACCUGACUUAGUCGAGGGUCUGUUUCAGGUGAAUGACAGGGCGCUCAGUGCUCCUGUCACUGUGGCACAGGUCCAGAGCAUGUUGGAUGCGCGAGAUGCGACCAACAAGCGAGACUUCGAGACGAUGCUGGGCGAUAAUAAUGUAACGUUAACGGCCAGUAUUACAGAGAUAGUUAAGCAGCAAAUGACAGAGGUGGUUAAGCAGCAAAUGACAGAGCUAGCAGCAGCCCGCGAGCGGCCACCGCAGGCCGCAGCCCAGGCGCUGGCGCCUCCGGCAACGGCCCUAGCAUUGGCUGGAGGAGCACAGCCUCCUCGGCAGGAAGGGCAACCGGGUGCGGUAGUACUGGCGCCAGCGGCAGCCCCAGUCCCGCCGCAGCAGGUACCGCCACUGGUGGGGGAUGCGGCGCGCCCUCAGCGGCCGCCCCCGCCGCUGGAGCGGCCAGAAGGCGGAGCGCCUCUAUCAGCGGAAGCACCAACGUUUGUUCCCGGAGGAACUCAGCGCGGUCAGCAAGUAGCGGCCCCGGCUCCGGGCCGGGCCCCAGCGUCGCCAGCGCGGCUUCAACCGCAGGUUUUCGAUCCGCCGGCGUCGCCUGGGUUGGAGAUGGCAAAGACAGUGUAUGCGGAUAUCAACGGUAAGUGGCGCGAGGUCAAUGUCUUGUGCCACCAACGGGGGAUGAUCUGUGUGGCAUGGAUUGGCGGGGAGUCGCAGCAACGGCAGAGUAUGGAGUUGCCGCGGAGCAAGGUACGGACGCUUGAGGAGCACAAUGAUCUUAAAGGGCGGUUCCUUAUUCAGCAGUUUCCCAUGCUUAUGCGUUUCUUCGGUGCUGCCGGAGAAGUGGAGCAGCAUCAGCACAUCAAGAUGCUGGCAAGCGGCGUUAAGUCCGUUGCCAGCGACGUCUAUAGUAUGGACGUCAAAGCGGCUGCAGUGGAGCGAGCCAUUUCGAGCAUCGGGAUGAACGAGGAAAUGAUAAGCGCAAUGUUUGCGAGCGGCCCUCAGGCGCCUCAGCGGGCAGUGUUUGGUCACGUCACCGCCAAGCUGGCUGAGGCCAUUAGAACGUCUCAGCAGAGCGGCGAAGGUUUGAUCAAGAUCACAGAUGCGUCGACUAAGGUAGCAAACCUGGGCACUCAGGUUUGGGACUCGGCCACAACGGGCAGCGGUGCUGCGUACUCUAAGCACGUGCUCGAGAGCACCAGUGAGCCGGGCGCUCGGACGGCGCGCGUGCUUGUGGAUAUGGGUGCUGGAGUGCAAGGCGCGGAGGAUUUGUUGCGAGUGGGGAGGUCUCGGGGUGAUUUUCCGGGCAAAGUCCCGCAAAUGGGGCAUGGUCCCCUGUUCCCAUCCAUGCGCACAGAUGCUCAGCAACACGCGGAGACAGCAUCUAUGCAGGUCUCGUCGAGCGUGGUUGUCAGCCAGAUAAUGCCAGGCGCUUACUCAGCGUCGAAAUCUGAACAUGAAGUGUGGGAGCUCAGUCAUCCAACAGGAGAAGCAGAAAUUCCGAGUCGGUCGUGCACGGCACCGUGGCGUUAA